UCUCGAUCGGAAAUCACACAAAAUUCGUUAUUUGUUUAUCGGUCAAACAUCAUAUUUCAUAGCAAUUAGCAUAAUUACCGGCGCGUUUCGUAAACACUAUCCAUCAGCCAAUAAUUACUGAAGACGUCGUCUUUAAUAGUUAUAACGUGAACGGUUGUCGGCUGGAGAAUUCCAUAAUACGACCGUCGUCGCGAGUGCAGCACACUCGGUUCACAUGUUGUACACGCUACCGCCCGCGAAACUCGUACGACAGUAUAUUCCGUAAAUCGCCCCAACACAGAACGAUCAUCUACCGAGGACGGGCGGACAUUUUUUAGAGAACCAAUCAGGCACCAUGGCGAACUUGACGCAAGCAAAAUUGAAUCAUUUCAUGUCUGAAACACAAGAUCAAUUAUUAAAAUUAUUCGACAAAGAACUAGUUUUUGAUGAAGUGGUCGACUCGUGGCCAUUUAUGAGUACACCAUGGCCAGUACUUUCAAUAUUAUCUGUGUACUUAUUGUUUGUAUUGAAGUUCGGCCCAAAUAUGAUGGAAAACCGGAAACCGUUUAACAUAAAAUAUGUGAUGCUUUUGUAUAAUGCUAUACAAACACUUUAUAACGGUUGGCUUGUAGUAUGGUUUUUUGUCACGCCUGGAGCAGUUAACUACCAUAUGAAUCAUUUAUGCCAUCCACUCCCUCGAAAUCUCAAUCAGUUUCUUAUACACGAGUUAAACAAAGGUUCGUGGUAUUUCUUCCUAUCCAAAGUAAUGGAUUUAUUAGAUACAGUGUUUUUCGUCUUGAGGAAAAAACAAUCGCAAGUAUCUUUCUUACAUGUUUACCAUCAUGUGAAUAUGGUAAUCACAUGCUGGGCUUAUCUACGGUUCAUAAAAGGAGAACAACUGAUAUUUGGUGGACUCAUAAACUCAUUUAUUCAUACGGUUAUGUACAGCUACUACUUUUUGUCAGCGUUGGGUCCACAUAUGCAAAAAUACUUAUGGUGGAAAAAAUACUUGACACGUAUGCAAAUCAUUCAAUUCCUAUCAAUAAUGGCAUAUAAUGCUGGCCUGUACACGUUUAACUGCAAUUUUCCGAGGUUAUUUAUGCUAUACGUGAUUGCUGAUGUCUCAUUGUUUUUGUACUUAUUCUUAAUGUUCUAUAAAAGAACGUACGAACAAAGCCGCAAAGCAAAAGUACACGCAAAUUAAACAAACAAGAAAAAAUGCCUACCUUUUCAUAGUUCUCAUUGUUCGCGAAAAUGUGAUUUUCUAUAUUUUUUUAUGUUAUCAAUAUCUUUACAAUUGUUUUGUUUUUUUCUUAGGCUAAGUACAAUUUAUAAGGGUUCUUUACAUUAUAUGUUUUUUUUAAAUUCACUUUGAGUACAAAGAAUCACAUCGCGUCGUGUAGUUAGUUGUUAUAUUAAUAACAAUAACGAAACAAUAUUGAUGAACUAUGAUUUCAGUUAUAAAUGAAACUUAUUUUCUUACUCAUAAAGGCAUAUUGUUUUAAUUAAUAAUGUAUAAUAUUAUAUUAAUAUUUCAAUAUCUGUGUAACAUCUACACAUACAUCUUAUGUAAUUAGUAUUUUAAGGACUUCAUGUGCUUAUGACUAUACAAUAUCACUUUUAAUAACAACCGAAGAUAGAGCAUUGUCAAUACCAUGUGUAUAUAAGUAUAUAUUAUAUUUAAAUUGUUAUCAUUAAUGUAUUACAAUAUUCCAUUUUCCUAUAUACUUAAGUAAUGACUCUAAAUGUUAUGACUUAUUUUAUAUUUGAAAAAAUGUAUUUAUCAUAAGCUUAGUAUUUUGUAUAUGCACAAUAUAUUUAAAAAUUAUUUGAUAAGUUUUACUUGUUGACUUAACCAUCCAAACAAUUGUAUGUAUGUGAUUUAUUAUUAAUAUGACAUCAUAAUUUAAUAGGUAGUUGAUUUAUAAUAGGUAAUUGUGUGUUAAAAGCAACAUCAAAAAAAAAUCUAUCCUUAAGGUUAGGGUCUAUCCUAAAGGAUAAUUAAUGAUUAACAUAUCAUGAACCAUAAUAAAUUAUGAUAAUUAUUAAAAUUAUAAAAAUUUGCUAUGUAAAAACAUCAUAAAUUAUGACAUAGCCACAUAGGAAAAUCAAUGAUGUGAUGAUAGGAUAUUCUAUGAUGUGCUAAAUAUGUUAUAGCUUUAACCUAAUUUAGUUUCCAUCGUACUUACUAUUUAAAAGUUCAAGCCCCGUGGGAUAUUCUGUAAGUCAUGAUUAUAAUUAUAAAAUAUUUUACUGGUGUUUUAUAUUUUUAUCAUUGAAUAAAUUACCGAUAUGUUUAAAAAAAAAAAAAAA